UCAAAUUCCACGAACAAUGAACCAACAAUUUUCUAAUAAUUAAAUAAAUAAAUAAACAAUAAGGGAACCCACGCCACAUCUCUCUCCAUCGCACUGCCGCAAGCCGUCCACCCUCGCGCCGCCGUCAUUCUGCCGCCACCUCCGAGGAGCCUCUGUUCGUCGCCUCCGAGCGCCUCUGUUCGUCGCCUCCGAGCGCCUCUCUUCUUUUAUUUCAUUCUUCAACGAUUUCUCUCCACUAUUACUGUUUAAGUAAUCCUCGAAUAUUGGACUAAUUAGGUGGUCGAAGCCAAAAUGUGGAACAAAUUAAGAAAAAUCACAUUAAAACAAAUUAAGUGAUCUUCUGAGCUUCUUCUCGAUCAGAGCCAUGGGGUUUUUGGGUUUUUUCAGGAGGUUUAAUGGCCUUCAGAAAUUUGAUGCAACCCUUAGAGCAAUACCAGUUGGGUACGUUCAGAGUAGAUGCUUAUCAAAUUCCAAGCUUUUCCAUGGCGGCAAAGAAACAAUGGUUCCGGUUUUAAUUGUUGGCGCAGGACCUGUUGGUCUCGUCCUUGCUAUUCUUCUCACUAAAUUAGGGGUUAAAUGUGCAGUUGUGGAGAAGAACAGAAGUUUUUCUAAACAUCCGCAAGCUCACUUCAUAAAUAACAGAUCCAUGGAGGUAUUUCGCAAAUUGGAUGGACUAGCAGAGGAGAUACAAUUACAUCAACCACCUGUCGAGUCAUGGAGAAAGUUCAUAUAUUGUACUUCACUGAAUGGUACAAUUCUCGGAUCUGUAGACCAUAUGCAACCACAAGAUUUUGAGCACAUCACCAGCCCAGUUUCUGUUGCACAUUUCUCCCAGUACAAAUUAAACAGGUUACUACUUAAGCAACUUCAAAAUCUUGGGUUUCAAGUCUGUACACCGGAAAGCUUGGAAGGCCCCUGUGUAGUAAGAGAAAAGAAAAUACUUCUGGGGCAUGAGUGUGUUUCUAUUGAUGCUACUGAUGAGACAAUAACCAUGACUGCAUCUUAUCUCAAGGAAGGGACACAUAUUAAGAGGAGGAAUAUCAGCUGUAAUGUCCUUGUUGGUGCAGACGGUGCUGGAAGUUCUGUCCGGAGACUAGUAGGCAUAGAAAUGAAGGGUGAAAAUGACUUACAAAAGCUUGUAAGCGUCCAUUUCUUUAGUAGAGAGCUUGGUGAGUAUUUGCUAAAAGAGAGGCCUGGUAUGCUAUAUUUCGUCUUUAACACUGAAGCUAUUGGGGUUCUUGUUGCUCAUGAUCUCAAGCAAGGCGAAUUUAUAUUGCAGGUACCAUUCUAUCCUCCUCAACAAAAUAUUGGAGAUUUCUGCCCUAAGAUGUGUGAGGAGUUAAUCUUCAAAUUGGUUGGUCAAAACCUUUGUGACAUAGAUGUGCAAGAUGUAAAACCUUGGAUUAUGCAUGCUGAAGUUGCCGAGAAGUUCAUAUGCUGUCAAAGUCGUGUAUUGCUUGCUGGUGAUGCUGCUCAUCGAUUUCCUCCAGCUGGUGGAUUUGGAAUGAAUACUGGAAUUCAAGACGUCCAUAAUCUUGCCUGGAAAUUAGCUGCAGUGCUACAAGAUAUUGCAUCACCUUCAAUAUUAAAUACUUAUGAAAUGGAAAGGAGGCCGAUAGCACUAUUCAAUACGGCCCUUAGUGUUAAGAACUUCAAAGCAGCCAUGGAAGUGCCUGCAGCUCUUGGUCUGGAUCCAAAGAUUGCAAACUCUGUGCACCGAGUAGUUAACCAUGGCCUUGGUUCUAUUUUAUCAUCCUCACAACAGAGCGCAGUUUUGGAUGGAAUUUUUAAGAUAGGUCGUUUGCAGCUCUCAGAUUCAUUUCUGAAUGAUGGAAAUCCCGUUGGAUCUUCAAGACUCGCAAAACUGAGACAGAUAUUUGAUGAAGGGAAGAGCCUUCAACUUCAGUUCCCUGCGGAGGAUCUUGGUUUCAGGUACUCCGAAGGGGCAAUAAUUCCUGAUGAUUCUCUCCUUGGUGGUCGAGAAGAACCUACAGGUCGUCGGAGACAGUACGUCCCUUCUGCAGAUCCAGGAUCAAGGCUGCCUCAUAUGAAUGUGAGGGUUUUGGCCAGUGAGGAGAUUUUUUCCACGCUCGAUCUUGUAUCUGGGGAUGUAGUCCAAUUCCUUCUCAUAAUAGGUCCGCGACCGGAGUCUUACUGUCUUGCUCACGCUACUCUCAAGGUAGCAGAGGAAUUCAAAAUUUCUGUUAGGGUAUGCAUUUUAUGGUCUGCUGAUACCACCAAGAUUCAGUCAAGCAGCAAGGAAGAACUAACACCUUGGAAGAACUACAUUGAUGUUCAAGAAAUUCGGCAAUGGUCAACUUCACCGUCAUGGUGGGACGUUUGUCAGAUGACCGACAAAGGAGCAAUCCUAGUCCGGCCUGACGAGCAUAUUGCUUGGAGGGUGAAGUCAGGUAUUUCUGGGGAUCCAAACACAGAACUGACGAGAGUUUUUACUACACUUUUGAAGUGAUAUGUUUGGCUUUACUUUGUUGUGUUUCACAACAUGAGUGGUUUUAGAGAUUUCACGUAGAAAAGUGCAGUACUUGUAGCCAUUGGCAUAUAUUAUUGGGAACUUGGGGAACAUUGCAGAAUGAAUUGUAUUACUCUUCAUAAAGUUUAAAAUUGUACCAUUUUAACUUUUAAAGUAAAAUAAAGAUUAUUUACCGUA